UCAAAUUAAGGAUUUCGAUAGUAUACCAAAAGCCAAAAUUUGAAGCAACUGGAGAUAUAUCACAGUGCUAAGCAUGUCUAGGAGUAUCCUGUUAUUAAUAGGGAUGUUAUUUGUGGGAGGGGGAUACACACAGGAACUUACCCAAAAGGAGCUACAGUUCGUUGAUGACCUUAUAAGGAAAUUCAUGGAUUGCAACGACAUAGUAGGAAUGCCCCUAACACUGGUAAGAGGAGGGAAGACAAUACUAGCGAAGGGAUAUGGCUUGGCUCAAGACUACGACGAUGACGAGCGAGAUGUACCAGUAACAAACAAAACCAUAUUUCCAGUUGCCUCUGUUUCUAAACACUUUACUGGGACAAUCCUAUCACACCUCAUUGAGAAGACCAAUUUAACAUGGGACUCGCCUGUAAGUGAUAUAAUGUGGAGCCUUGGUGAGGAAUUCCACUUUUAUGACCCCUGGAGAACAAAAGAGGUGUCAUUGAGAGAUAUUAUCGCUCACAAAACAGGUAUUCCUGGACAUGAGUCAAUACUUGCUGCAGAUGUCUUCAGCAGGGAAGAAAUUAUACCGAGGUUGAGAUUCUUAAGGCCUA